CUAAAAUUAUAAACCGUUCUCCUCAGUUUCCAGACACCUCGAAGAUUUGUUGAAAUAUUGAUCAGAGCUCGAUGUUUAGAGAUUCUUAUUGUCCGGACAUUGAAGGCAGUGAGGAUGGACUCUGCUCCUGGCAGGAAGAGAGCGGGCUGCAGGCGCCAGCAGAACGCCUCCUUGAUCACGGAGGAGGAGCAGCUCAUCAGUGACCUGGACGCUCUGCAGUGCGAAGCAGGAGUCUCCAUCCUGCAGGUCCGUCCCAGCCUGUCUAGGGUCAGGGUUAGCAGCAGCGUGGCGGCCAUGAGCGAACACAUCAGUCUGCUGGAAGCUGAACUGGAGACUCAGACGGAGGAACUAAAGGCAGCGGAGCUGAGGGCCGAAUGUUGUCAGGAAGCUGCAGCUUGCAGCGAAGCCGCGCUCGCCACUCUGACCGAGGAGCUGAGGAUGCUGAGGGAGGAACUGGACAGCAGAACGACGAUGGGAAAGAGGGCUGAGCAGCAGAGGAACCAAGCGCUUCAAAAUGCAGAGAAACUCAAAGAAGCUUUCAAAGAUUACAGAAACACGGUUUCUGUUAAACUGCAAAAGGCGAUGGAGAGCGAGACCAAACUGAAGGAGAGUCUGACUGAGUCUGACAGGGAGAAGGAGGAACUGGAGAGGAAGUUUUCUGUGUUGGAACGAGAGAAAGCUGAGCAGAACCACACUGUCGGUCGGUUGCAGGAGGAGCUGAGACAGACCCAGGCUGCUGCUGCUCAUCUCCAAGCCCAGGUGGAUCAGACGGGGCACAGAGCCUCCCAGCUGGAGCAGCAGCUCUCAGAACGAGGUGUAGAGGCCAGGGAGGUGGCGUCCCUGCACAGGGAGGCUGAGGAGCUGCGGGUUCUGACCCGUGACCAGGAGCAGCAGGUGGCCCAGAGCCAGAGGGAGGCUCAGCGGUGCCAGGCCGAGCUGGCCAGCCUGGAGGAGGUGCUGGCUCUGCUGCAUCUCCAGGAGGCUCCUGCAGGGCCGCUCUGCUCCAGUCCAUGCAUGCUGCCCCCAGUGGACUAUUCAGGAGCUGCACAUCUGAUGAAGCUGAAGCCAGGCGAAGGCUACCAGCAGCUGCUGCGGGUUCUGCAGGUGAAGGAGGCGGAGCGGCUGAAACACAAGAGCCUGAACGAGCGGCUUCAGGAGCGCCUGAGCCGAGCCCAGGAGGAGAUCUCCUCCCUGAUGGCUCAGAGAGCGUCGCACUACCAGAACCUCCACACAGAGCUGCUGGACCGAGUCAACCAAGCCACAGACGCUAACAAAGAGUUAAAAAGGAAAAGUGCUCGAGCUGCAGCACUAGAGAAACAGCUGCAGGAGAAAAGCUCAGCCUACAGCCUGGCUGCCCUGAGGAACACCGAGCUGGAAAAAGAGCUGCAGGAGAAGAGCAGCAGCGUCCAGCAGUACCAAGCCCUGAUGUCCAAGAAGCAGAGAGAGUACCAGCAGUCUCUGGAGCAGUGGAAACAGUCCCACCAUAACCAGCUGGCUGAGCAACAGCAGAGGACAGACAUGCUCCAGCGGACUCUGGAGGAGACCCGCAUUCAGAUGCUGGAGGUGGAGAAGCAGCUGGGUUCUGUUGAAAAGGAGCGAGAGGAGGCGCAGAAAGCAGCUCGCCUGCUGCAGACCUCUGUAGAUCAGCUCACACAGGAGAAGCAAGCUGAGGUCAGACGCAACCAGGAGAUGUUGGAGAGCUUCCAGGACCAGGCCUCCCAGUCUUCCACCAAGAUAUCAGAGCUGCAGUCAUGCCUGUCGGCGUGCAGAGAAGAGCUGAACAUCUACCUGCAGCAGAUGGAGGAGGUGAAGAAGAACUAUGAGGCCGAGCUGCAGAGGAAGAACGAAAAGUUGUCGUCUCUGCAGCAGAAGCUUCAGAGCGCCAGCCUGGUUUGUCAGAGCUCCACGGAGCAGAACCUGCAGCUGCAGCUGUCUCUGCAGCAGCAGCAGACCAUGCUGACCGAGAGCACGGCUCGGGUUUCUGAGCUGGAGGAGAGCCAGAGCCGACUGCAAAGACAGGUUUCCAGUUUGGAGCUCCAGCUGGAACGGACUCGGGCUUCUCUGCAGGAUGACAUCAGAAGUAGAGAGCUGAAGGCGCAGGCUGCUGAAGAGAACCUACAGGAGACGAGCCGACAGAACGAGCAACUGUCCAGAUCCAUCAGCCGUAUCGCAUCAGAGAUGGAAAAAUGUCGUUCUGAAAUGCUUUCCAAAGAAGCGCAGCUGGAGCAUCUGAGGAGCCAAGCUGCCACAAAGGCAGAGCAGAUCACGUCCAAGACCUCCAUGAUUGAAGAUCUUGAAGAGAAGCUCCGUCGCUGUGAGGCAGAGCAGCAGAGCAGCGCUCAGCGAGUCCAGGACCUCGAGGGACGGCUGCGCUCCGUGCAGGGGGAGCUGACCGACAGCUUGGGACGACAGCAGGAGCUCAGGGAGGAGCUGCAGAGAACCCAGGCAGCGUGUGACGAACAGAAAGCCCAGGUGGACGAACUGAAUGCUCGGCUGAGAGACACUCAGAGGGAGCUGGAGGAGCGAACUCUUGAGGUCCUGGACAUGGACAAUGCACUGAAGGAGCGACAGGGGGAGCUGCAGCAGAGAGCCAAGCUGCUCGGCCAGCUGGACACCGCCAUCAGAGAUCACAAGCUGGAGAUGGAGAGGAAGGUGGAGCUGCUGCAGCAGAGCCUGGAAGCCCAGGAGAAGGAGCUCACAGAGAGACAUGCAAAGGAGUCAGAGGAGUCCAACCGACAGCGUCUAGAGAAUCAGCAAAGGCUUCAGAAAGUGCUGGAAGAACUUGAAGCCUGUCGGCGCCACCGUGAUGCUCUGAGCCGAGAGCUGGACGCCGCCAAGCUGCAGAUCAGGGAGACGGAGGCCCGGCUGUGUGGCGUAGAGGAGGAGCUCACGCUGAAGGAGGCCCGCUGGCUGCAGGAGGAGGCCCGUCUGCAGAGCACGGUCAGCGCUUUGGAGGAGGAGCUGGAGCUGGAAAAGGAGCAGCACAGCAAAGAGCUGGAGUCUCUGCAGCACACUCGAGGCCAGCUCCUCAAAGUCUCAGAGCAGAUCUCCACCAGCAUGCGCUCCUCCCAGGAGCAGCUCACCCUGAAGCUCCAGCAGAGCCAGAAGCAGCUGGAGGAAGCAAAGGAGCGCUGCGGCCGGGUGGAAAGCCAGCUGGACCGGGCCCAGACCGAGCUGGAUCACAGCCACGGCCGAGCCAGCCACCUUCAGGUGCAGCUGUUGCAGAGAGAAGCGGAGCUGGAGGAGAGCAGGACGCUGGGGGAACAAACCAGGGUGGAGAACGGCCGUCUGACUGCACAGCUGGAGCUGCUCUCUGCGCAGCUGCAGCAGAGCAGGAAGCAGGUUUCUCAGCUCCAAACUCGGCUCCGUACCUCCCAAGAGUCUCUGGAGAGGUCGACCGAUUCGCUGCUCUUAAAGGAGUCUGAGGUGACUCGCCUCCAGGCCCGGAUCUCCAGUAUGGGAAGAUCUGCGGAGCGGCAGAUUCUGUUCGGUCACGCCGCCUCCCUUCCUGCCCUGCAGACGUUGACGGACCGUCCGGCGCCGUCCCUGACUAACGCUCCCUCAUACCUCCCAUCCAGUGACCUGCUUCAGACCAGCAGCACCGGCUCCUCUGUGGACCUUCCUCCCAGCCUGAAGGCCACCCUGAUCAAGCCGCCGUGGGAGUCUUCCUCACCGUCUGCUUCCUUCCCAGAGACCGCCGACCUCAGCUGGCAGGGGCUCAGCGCUGCCGAGGCCUCGGCGUCCUCUGACAGCUCCUUCAACCCGCUCACCUACAUGGUGGACCGAGACGACGUGCAGCAGAGCGAGUCCAGGAGGGAGUCUGAGAGCACUUUGGUGGGACAGGAGGAGGAGGAGGAUAUGGGCUCGCUGACAGGAAUGCUGAAGUUUGUUCAUCAGACGUUAGCCCUGCAGGAGGAUCCUUCUGUGUGGAGCUCUGGAACAAAGACGCAGAGCUGACAUCAGCUGCACUGCAGGGAGCCGUUUCCAUGGGAGCCGUGCCAAGUUUCUACUCAGUUUAUGUAUAUGUGUUAUUUAUUCCUGUAUUUAGGAGUAUUUUUCCAUGAAGUAUCCAUUGGCAGUAAUGGAAGCUACAAUUUUAAACCCCUUUUUCUGCCGUCUGUAAAAGAUAAACUGUAGUUGAGCAGAAUGUAGCAUUUCCCUGUUUUAUUUCGAUGUUUCCUCCACUGAUAUUAAUGACUGUUUUCUUGUUGGAUUUUCUAAAUUAAAGAGUUCUUCCACUAAA